GCGCGCCCGCGCCCGGUCCGGAGGAUGGCGGAGCCGGCCGCUUCGCCCGAGGACCCGUGGGUCAAGGUGGAGUCAGCCUACAGCGACAACAGCCUGGACCCGGAAAGCACCCGGAAGGGGAGCGUAGUGUCCCGAGCCAAUAGCAUCGGCUCCACCAGCGCCUCCUCCGUCCCCAACACAGACGACGAGGACAGCGACUACCACCAGGACGCCCACGAGGAGUCGUACAAAGACCGGCGCCGCCGGGCCCACACCCAGGCCGAGCAGAAGAGGAGGGAUGCCAUCAAGAGAGGCUACGAUGACCUCCAGGCCAUCGUCCCCACAUGCCAGCAACAGGACUUCUCCCUCGGCUCCCAGAAGCUCAGCAAGGCCAUCGUCCUGCAAAAAACCAUUGACUACAUCCAGUUCCUCCACAAGGAGAAGAAGAAGCAGGAGGAGGAAGUGUCCACCCUACGCAAGGAUGUCACAGCCCUGAAGAUCAUGAAAGUAAAUUACGAGCAGAUCGUGAAGGCGCAUCAGGACAGCCCCCACGAAGGGGAGGGGCAGGUCUCCGAUCAGGUCAAGUUCGGCGUGUUCCAGGGGGUCAUGGACUCGCUGUUCCAGUCCUUCAACACCUCCGUGUCUGUGGCCAACUUCCAGGAGCUGUCCGCCUGUGUCUUCAGCUGGAUCGAGGAGCACUGCAAGCCUCAGACCCUGCGGGAGAUCGUCAUCGGAGUCCUGCACCAGCUGAAGAACCAGCUCUACUGACCACAGAACAGGGAGGGGGAGGAACGGGCCUAAUGCACAGGCCUGUCUGUCUGGAAGCGGCGACGGACAGGGAACCGUCCUUAUAAGACCUUCCAGCUGUCCCAUCAUAGACAGUGACACUGACACGGGCCCACUCCUCACGGGGCAGGCUAGCAACUGUGGCCUGAGCCCACAGUGGCCUGACGUUGCUCGGGGCCACCUAUACCAGCACGGGACACCAGGGAUUGGGCUGGAAACGGGUCACAGCCCCGCUCUCCGCAUCGCCUGACUCCACUCUCCAAACCUGAUCGUGUUGUGGGGCAGCUGAGGGCAGGACUAUGUGGGGGGCUCAGCCCAGCCCACCCCAUCUCAACUCUGGGGCCUGGGCCCCUGAAGGCCCCCCUCAACCGCACAGAGUGCUGGGGGG